AUGGGAACCAAGCCAACGUCCCAGAAUCAACCUCGAACAACAAGUACGUACACUCACAUGUUCCACGCUGAUUGCCUACUAAUAGUUAGCAGUUCUAUUACAGAACCAUCCGAGCAGGCAUCUUUGAACGUAUUGCGGGACCGUCAGUUCGUGAUCCGUCCUCAUGCGGGCAGCAAUGAAGCCAGGACAGCAGUCCCACCCAGGCGCCUAGCCACACAGAAUGAUUUGGAGAUCGCCGUGAUCUGCGCGCUCAAAACGGAGGCUGAUGCUGUUCUGGCACUGUUCGACUGUCGUUGGGAUGAACCUGGCUGGCUCUUUCGAGGGGACACCAACGCGUACACCUUUGGCGCAAUUGGCCGCCAUAAUGUCGUCCUCAUACACAUGCCACACAUAGGGAAAGUCAAGGCCGCAACGGCGGCUGCCCACUGCCAGCGGACCUUUCCAAAUAUCGGGCUUGCUCUCAUUGUGGGGGUCUGUGGUGCUGUUCCGUUUACAUCUACGGGGGAAGAGAUUCUGCUGGGCGAUGUCAUCAUCAGUGAACGUGUCGUCCAAUACGAUUUUGGUCGGCAGUACACCGAAGGCUUCGUGCUUAAGGACACCCCCAAGGAUGCUCUAGCUGCCCCUAACAACGAGAUCAGUGGUCUACUUUCGAAGUUGAAAACUUACGAUCAUAGGAAGGAGCUUCAGGAGCAGAUUGCUCUGUAUAUACGCACCGUCCAGGACCAUCCAGGACUGGGCUCGGAGUAUCCAGGAGUGGAAUACGACAAACGGUUUCCAGCCUCAUAUCGCCAUGCCACUGAUGAUAUAUCGUGCGAAGAUUGCUGCGAUCUUGGCAAGCUGAUGCCACCCAGUCGGCUUAGUCAAGAACCCGCAGUCCACAUUGGCAUGGUUGCGUCGAGUGACAAGGUCAUGAGAUCAGCAAAUCACCGUGACGCCAUAGCGCGCAGCUCAGAUGUAAUAGGAUUUGAGAUGGAAGGCGCUGGAGUUUGGGGCAUUUUUCCUUGUGUGGUGAUCAAGGGUGUCUGUGACUACGCAGAUAGCCACAAGGCCAAAGGAUGGCAGCAAUACGCAGCAGUGACCGCAGCAGCAUGUAUGAAGGCAUUUCUGGAUCACUGGCGGCCGUCUGGUCGCAAGCCUGCUGCUCAGACUUGGUUUGAUGUCCCAUACCAGAAGAAUGACCACUUCGUUGGGCAGUCUGAUAUUCUGCGUAAACUGCGCGAGCUGCCACUUAAAUCGGCCUCACAUACUCGGGUCGCCCUCUGCGGCUUAGGUGGCAUUGGACUCUUUCUAACGCGUAAUAGAAAAACACAAAUUGCCAUCGAGUUCACAUAUUGGAUCAAGGGUACCUACGACGACAUAUCAGUCUUUUGGGUCCACGCAAGCAACCACGAGCGGUUCCGUGAAGCAUACACUGCUAUCGCACAAAAAUACCGGAUCCCCGGGCAUGAAGAUCCCAAAGCAGAGGUGCUGCCAUUGGUAAAGAGCUGGUUAGAAAGCAAGGAGCGUGGUCAGUGGAUCAUGGCAAUCGAUAAUGCUGAUGAUCUGGAGCUUUUCUUCAACAGAAAUGGUGGAUUGGGACGCUACCUUCCAGAGUGUGCGCACGGGACUAUCCUCAUCACCACAAGAAACCUGCAGGUCGCCUCCAGGCUAACCAAAGGAAUGGCCUCGUCCGUUAUUAGGAUCGGAAAGAUGGAUGAAGUCGAGACAGCCCAGUUGCUCUCAACACGGCUUGCAGAAAUCGACACGAUGCCUGGGGAUUAUGCAGGACUUUCUGCUCGGCUUGAGCAUCUACCAUUGGCACUGGUUCAGGCGGCUUCGUUCAUCCAAGAGAACAGUAUCACGAUCUCUCGAUACAUCCAACUCCUGGACGAGAGCGACCAGACUCUUAUCGGUCUACUUAGCGAAGACUUUGAAACGGUUGGGAGAGACUCGGAAACUCCUCGCGCAGUAGCAGAGGCUUGGAUUAUCUCUUUUAAGCAAAUUCACAAUCGGAACACCCUCGCAGGCGAGCUUCUUUCAAUCAUGAGUUUCCUCGAUCGCCAGACCAUUCCCUAUGAAUUUCUUUUCACGUACGCCAAAGACCACGGUGCAGGCGAAUUUCAGCUCAUCAAGGCACUAGGGGUACUAAAAGCGUUUUCGUUUGUCACUGAAGACAAAGACCAGAAAUUUGAUAUGCAUCGACUCGUGCAUUUGGUCACUCGAAAAUGGCUGGUUCAGAACGGCAUAAAGCAAAAAUUCGCCGAGCGGGCACUCUUGGUCGUGACUGUGUGUUUCCCGUGGGGGGAGUACAAGAAUUGGACUAUAUGCAACGCAUACCUCCCGCACACCACUGCUGUGUUAAAACUAGGAGAAGACAUUUCCUCAAGACAAGGAAAGCUGGCGAGAGCAAGCCUUCUUCAUAAUGCGGGCGCGCUUUUCUCUGGACGGGGAGAUUUCCAGAGAGCGGCAUUGUACCUGAAAGAAGUAUGGGAGAUCAGUCAAGCCCACUUGGGCGAAGAGCACCCAGGCACAUUAACCAGUAUGAACAACCUAGCAUCAACAUACCAGUCACAAGGCCGGUGGAAGGAGGCCGAAUUACUACAGUUGCAAGUAGUGGAAAUUCGAAAGAGGGUUCUAGGAGAAGAGCACCCAGGCACAAUAACCAGUAUGAACAACCUAGCAUUAACAUACGAGUCACAAAGCCGGUGGAAGGAGGCCGAAUUACUACAACUACAAGUAGUGGAAACUGGAAAGAGGGUUCUAGGAGAAGAGCACCCAGUCACAUUAACCAGUAUGAACAACCUAGCAUCAACAUACAAGUCACAAGGCCGGUGGAAGGAGGCCGAAUUACUACAGCUGCAAAUAGUGGAAAUUCGAAAGAGGGUUCUAGGAGAAGAACAUCCCGAUACAUUAAAUAAAUGCCUUUGUCUGAGAGAGAAAGUGCUUGGGUUAGAUCAUCAUGGGACCAUUAACACACAAGCGGAAAUAGCUUGGUCAUAUAUGGAGCAAGGUCGAUUACCUGAGGCUGAAAGAAUACAAGCGGGAAUGCUAGGAAAGCGGAAAAGGAUAUUGGGAGAAGAGCAUCUUCACACGCUGAUCAGCAUGAUUAACCUCGCACAUACUUGGAAGGUCAUGGGUCGCCUUGAGGCAGCUGUAGAGUUGAUGCAGGAGUGUGUUCGCCUCCGUCAGAAGGUCUUGGGCUCGGAUCAUCCCGAUACCGUCGAAAGUUUGUCGGCACUGGAAGAAUGGCAGGAUUUGAGAGGCGAAGGCGGUGGCAACGGGAACACACACGGCAAUUCUGAGGCAAACACUGCAAUGAAGAGCGGUGAGAACGCCGGUGGGAGCAGCAGUCACCACGAAGACGUCGAUAACGGCACGGAUGACGAUGCUGGUUACGAGGGCAACGAGAACGGGAACAACAAGGCUGGCCAGAGCUCAGAAUCUCAGCAAUGUCAGGCCACCAGGGGCGGGGAUGAGAAAGGCAACAUCGGGGACGGAAUCCAAGAUGGCGAGGGGCGGCGCAGCAGCGAAGAUGGGAAGACAGUUGAGGCUGACGAAAGUGGAUAUGGGCCUAGGCCAGAACGUUUCUAG